UUUGUGGCGAAAUGAACUAUCAGGAACUGAAUUCAAAUUGUGGCGGUGAACAUCAGAGGAAACAGUUCAGGGAUUAUUUGACGAGAAAAAAUUUGUGCAUCACGUCCAUCACCGCCCUUGCAAUCCUUCUCAUAACCUCAAUUGGAUUCAACAUCUUCCAAUCAAUGUCUCCAUCCUGUCAAAACCUAAUAAAAGUGUCAUUUGAAGAACAACGAACGCCAAAAGAAGCCAAACCAAUUUACAAUGAAACGCAAGUCAUUGAAUGUAAACGAGAAUUUUUCCUUUUUCAUCAAGAUCAAAAUCACGUCUGUGAAGUACAAAAUAUUUUAAUUAAAAAUGACACAAAAGUGAUUGUUAAAGGCAAUGAAUUGACGACAGUUUUGCACAUUUUCAGCCUGGAAGUUUACAAAUUGCCACAAGAAAUUUUCGUAGAGUUUAAAAAUCUUAAAAAUUUGAUCGUAAAUGGAAAUCAUUUGCAAUUGAUCGAGCGUGAAACGUUUAAGGAAGCAAAAUUGUUGGAAGUUCUGCGACUAAGCAAUAAUGAAUUAAAGGAACUUGGCGCAAAAGUCUUCAAAUUUAUGUCACAUCUUAAAACUUUGGAUUUAGGCAGGAAUAAAAUUGAGAGAAUCGAUGGAGAAGCUUUUGCUGGUCUGGUGAACUUGGAACGGCUUUAUUUGUCUGACAACAACUUGAAAGUCAUCAAUUCUGAUGUGUUCUAUCCAUUACUGAAGUUGCUGUUCCUUAGUUUGGAAAAUAAUCAAAUUUCAAAACUUGAUGACGAUGUUUUCAUGAAAAAUACUCAAAUGAAGUCACUGGGACUGUCAAAUAAUACUUUUAAGGAUUUGCAGAAUGAAUGCUUUCAUUAUUUUGAUAAUUUGACUGAUUUGUCGAUUUCAGAGCUUCGAAUCAGUUCCUUGGACCUUAAUGGCACAACAGUCCAAACCCUUGUAAUGAGAAAUACUGACCUGAGAAAUCUAACUCUUUCAAACUUCCCAAAAAUCCUCGUCUCAUAUGGAACUCCAAUUGAGUUCCUUCAAUUCAUCAUCAGUGAGACAACAGCUGACUUUUCAAAGAUCCCCAACUGGGGUGGAAUGUUUUACAAUAAAAAUAUUCGAUUUUUGUUCAGAUUUCGGCAGGAAAUUGCAACAAUUGAUAAUUUGAAGAAAUAUGAGAAUGCAGUCAGGGCUUACAAGAUGGUUCCCGAGUUGGAUUACAGGACGAUUGAUGGUGCACGAUAUGUUGCUGUGGAGUAUGUCUCAAGGGUCCACCCCGGCACAGAAGUCUACCUAAUCAACAAAUUCAACAACUGGCAGAGCCUCGAGAACGCACACAGUCAAAUUGACUCUUUUUUUGAGGAUUUAGAUGAAAUUUUUGCAAAACAUCCAGAAGGUGUCCACAUCCUUGGAUAUUCUCAGGGAGGGUUGCUUGCACGAGGCUUAAUCCAACUCUACAGGAACCACAAUGUUAAGAGAUUUGUGUCUCUAAGCAGUCCGCAGGGUGGACAAUAUGGCUCCGCCUUCCUUCACUUAAUCUUCCCGAAUCUCGCAAACAACAAUGCUUAUGAACUGUUUUACUCUCGAAUUGGCCAAAGAACAUCCGUUGGGAACUACUGGAAUGAUCCACACCAACGUGAGCUGUACCUUAAGUACAGCAACUUCCUACCUUAUGUUAAUAAUGAAAUUUUAAGUGAAAAUUCGACACAAUAUCGUGAUAAUUUAGUGAGGCUGGAAAAAAUGAUUUUGAUUGGUGGACCUGAUGAUGAUGUCAUUACUCCAUGGCAGUCAGCACAUUUUGGAUUCUACAAUGAGACACUCGAUGUGGUUCCACUACAGGAACGUGAACUGUACACGGAAGAUUCAAUUGGACUGAAAACACUCGAUGAGAUGAAGAAACUUGAAAUAAUUACAGUUCCUGGAAUUAUUCAUAUUGGAUGGCAUCUCAAUGUGACGCUGAUUGAUCAAAUUGUUGUUCCACAUUUUGACUGAUAGGAUUUUAAGGGUUGUGAUGGUUCGAUGUAGUUUUUGAUGGAGUUCUGGCACGUAGCAAGGAGGGUCUUGUGCCUCCUUAAACGUUCUGAACCGCAGCGAUAGCACGGCCUAAAACGCUUAAGAGGGGGACAAGACCCUCCUGGCUACACGCCUGAUGGAGUUUAUGUUAAAAGCACUUGAAUUUAUGAUAAUAAAGACUAUUUUUGUGUA